UUCAGGUGGAAUCUCUUUUCCUGUAGCUUGCAUCCAUUGUUCCGGGUCCUGUUCUCUGGAGCAGCAGAAAACAAGUCUAUCUAUAGUGUGCUCUUUUCCAUGUCAUCACUUUGUCUUCUAGGGAAAGUACAGGCUUGAUUAGCUCUCUAAUUUGCAAUAUCUAGUUGUCCUAUUGGUGGUCUAUAGAAAACCAUCUAAAUGUAUGCACAUGUGAAACAGCUUCUUCUGUACAUUCUGCAGGUAGCCAGAGGUCCAGGAUAGGCCUGCCUGGUCUCCAAACAGGGAGCGAGGAGAGUCUCCACUGAAUUCCUCCUCCAUGGAAGAAACUGCAGGAAAGAUGCCAUUGGAACAGGUGACCUUUGAGGAUGUGGCUGUGUAUUUCACAGAGGAGGAAUGGGAUCUGCUGGAUGAGAACCAAAGAUCUUUGUACAAGGAUGUCAUGAUGGAAAACUAUGAGAAUGUGUCUUCCCUGGGAGACCUUUUGAUUCAUCAGAGUAUCCACACAGGAGAGAAACCAUAUCAAUGCCAGCAGUGUGGGAAAUGUUUUGCUCAGAAGUCACACCUUGAAAGUCACCUCAGAGUCCACACGGGAGAGAAACCAUUCAGAUGUCAGCAGUGCGAACAAUGUUUUGCUCACAAGUCAGUUCUUUUGAGGCAUCAGAAAGUCCACACAGGAGAGAAACCUUACAAAUGCCAGCUUUGUGGGAAAUGCUUUGCUCGGAAUUCACACCUCGACAUUCACUUGAAAGUCCACACAGGAGAGAAAUCCUACAGAUGCCAGCAGUGUGGGAAAUGUUUUGCUCAGAAGUCAGUUCUUGGAAUGCAUCAGAGAGUUCACACAGGAGAUAAGCCUUACAAAUGCCAGCAUUGUGGAAAAUGUUUUUCUCGAAAUUCCCAUCUUGACACUCACUUGAGAAUCCACACAGGAGAGAAACCAUACAAAUGCCAGCUGUGCGGAAAAUGUUUUGCUCACAGGUCAGUCCUUUUGAGGCAUCAGAGAGUCCAUACAGGAGAGAAACCAUAUGAAUGCCACUACUGUGGGAAAUGUUUUGCUGACAAUUCACACCUUAUCACUCACAAGAGAGUCCAUACGGGAGAGAAACCCUACAGGUGCCAGCAGUGUGGGAAAUGUUUUGCUCAGAAGUCAGAUCUUGUGACUCAUCAUAGAGUCCACACAGGAGAGAAACCAUAUGAAUGCCAGUACUGUGGAAAACGUUUUGCUGAGAAGUCACACCUUAUCACUCAUGAGAGAGUCCAUACAGGAGAGAAACCAUACAAAUGCCAGGAGUGUGGAAAAAGUUUUGCUGACAAAUCAGUCCUUGUGACUCAUCAGAGAAUCCACACGGGAGAGAAACCUUACAGAUGCCAUCAGUGUGGAAAAUGUUUUGCUCGGAAUUCACACCUUGAGAGACACGUGAGAAUCCACAAGGAGAUAAACCAUAUCAGUGCCAGCACUGUGGACAUUUUUUUGCCCAAGAUUCAACCCUUUUAAGGCAUCAAAUUAUUCACACUGGAGAGAAAGUAGAAGUGUUUGGUGAGACAGUUCAUUUAGAUUCUGUCUUCUAAAACCAUUAGAAGCCCUUUUUUGGCUUUAUAGCAUGUUUUCUGCUGCUACAGAGACUAGGACACGGA